UGGAGCGCUGCUUCAAGAUGUAUGGCUCUCUCUUGGAAAUGGUCAAGAGACUUCUCUGCCAUGAUAACAAGGAGAUCCUGCCGUACGUGAAUGGGGCACUGUACAGUCUACUCGCUAAUGUGGAUAUCCGGAAGGCAGCACUUGCUCUGGGCCUGGAGUCGAGCCUGGAGAAGGCCAAGGAGCAGUGUCCUCCGGAGAUCCUCAAGCAACUGGAGUACGUCCACAGCAGGCUGCUCUCCAUAGGGGACGUCUCCAGUGCCACCAGUUCCCAGGGUGAAGAGGAUGAAGACGAGGAAGAAUCCGAACUGGAGCCGGAAAUCGACCAGGACGACCCUGUGGUGACUAGGCCAGAUCACCCUCACGGUGACCAGCUGCUCAGGCUCUGUUACGGUGAGCAGGAUACUCUCAGGCCAAUCCCAGACCCUGGAGUGGCCAGGCUGGAGCAGGAGUCAUCGCCGGAGCCCUCGCUGAUGGAAGAGCCAGGAGAGACGCCCGAUGCGUCCCGUUCUGAGACGGACGACUCAGAUCGCCCCUCUUCUGUCGCCGUGCCUGCAGCACCUCCGAUUGACGAACAAGCCUCCCAGCUGGUGAAGCAGAUCACCGGUGAGGAGAAGACUCUCGUAGCCGCUGCAACCCCGGGAACAGUGCCCCCUACAGAAAAAGUGAAGGGGCUCAACGUGCAGGAGUACAGCAUAGCGUUCAGCUCCAGGCCCAAAAUCCCGCGCACCCCCGAGCCGAGCAGCGCCACCUCGAGGGGCGGAGACUCGACGUGCAGCAGCCUGCGCACCCGCGGACGCCGGUCCAGCAGCACCCUGUCCAGGGACGGCUCCUCGGCCGCAGACCGCCCCAAGAUACGCAGGCCCGAUGCAUCCUCAGCACUUGUGGAGGAGCAGUAGUCCUUAAGGAGCACAGAAUGGGUGUUCGACUUUUUAGGCCUUUACCUUAGGAUAUCCUGGCUCGCCACUAAUUUGUAGGGAAAAUGCCAGUCUGGAAAGCAAUUGUGCACAGUUAUGCACGGAAAAUGGCGCACAGCUAUGGUAGCUUACGUCAUCAUAAAUGGGCUCUGUUUGUGGCUCCAAGUCUCAUGUACUGGUGCCACACCAGUUCCUUGUUCAUGCUGAGAAUGGGUUUGUCCCCAUUGGCUGUAGCCUACACACUGAUUUUCGCAAGUUCAGUCUACCUGCUCCAAAAAAAUUCUUAAAAGCUGCCAAUCAUCUGCAUGUACAUCCUGCUUCUAUAUGAAAAGUUUAUUAAAAGACCUUUUACCACAUUUAAGGGGAGGAAUGUGAGAGGCAGGAUGGAAAUGUUCAAAGUUAGCACUAAUACUUUUCUUCUCAUGCUGCUGACACAAACUUCGAACCAGUCGUGAACAACACAAGUUUUCUGGCAGUAAGCUGAGGGCACAAUAAAUGAAAACUGCACUCUUGGAAAAAAGAAAAGAAAAUUGGGUUGUGUGUAUGUUUAUACAGCCUAGAACUUGGUUUGCCUCAACGGGCGACGAGUCUCCCAGCUCUGGAUGAGAAAUUUAGCCAGUGCAGUACAACCGCUAGCCUGGGGUCUAACGUGCACCACGCAGUAGUGAUACACGACCGCACGCCGGUACGACGCUCAUCCAGAUUGAAACGGGCAGGGCUGGGGAUUGAACCCAGGAUCCCUGGGUUCUGCAGCGCGAGCUUUCGCUCCACGUGCUCCGAGCUGGUGUGCGCUAGCCCACUCGGCCACCGAUCUGCCGCUGCACUUUUGAUUGACCCCAGUUGUUGCAUUCUACUCCCGCUACUCUUCUUCGAGUCUCCUUUCGGAGCAGGAAAGAGGGGGCAUGCAAACCUUUGUGAUAUUAUUUUUCCAUGUUGAAGAAGGUGUGCGUGCUUUGAACUUGCAGCUUUUUAGAAUUCUUGGGGCAUGUAGAUGGAGUUAGUACCCUAGAAAGACAAGGUGAAAAACAUCUUUAGCGCACCUUUAAAUUAUUGAAAACCGAAAAAUAUCUAUUGUACAUACUUUUGGCACAAAUUUUAAGUACAAAUGAAGCACAGGCGUUUUUUUAUGAAACAGAAAAAGCUAGGAGAUGGUAAUCCUGGAGUGUGGAGAAGGAGAGGAGAAUCGCAAAUGCAGAGCUCUGGCACCUCUUUUACGAAAUAUCUUGCUUGCUUAAUUUUCACAUUCCUUUUUCUUUCUUUAAGAAUCGAGGUUGGGUGUUGUUACAAGCCACACUUCAUUCAGGUCAGGUCUCAGGCAGUUCUGUACGUUGUUAAAGUUUCAUGGGUGGGGGCAUUUUAAUUGGAUUAUUUAAUUAAGGUGAAAAGGAAAUAAUUCUCGAAAUGGGGAAGGGUUGGAAUUUGGACUAGUUAAUAAAAGUUGUUUUUUUACUUACGA